AGCAACAGAUCACAUGGCUGUAUCUCCCCUCCGCCCCUCUUACGCUCUUAGCUCUCCUCCCCGUCAAAGCGGCUCCUGGCCGCCCCCACAGCGCUUGGCUGGCGGUCACGUGCCCAGAACGUCCGGCGUUCGCCCCGCCCUCCCAGUUUCCGCGCGCCUCUUUGGCAUCUGGUCACAUGGUGAGGGUGGGGGUGAGGGGGCCUCUCUAGCCUGCGGCCUGUGUCUAUGGUCGGGCCCUCUGCGUCCAGCUGCCCGGGACAGAGCCCGGGUGUAUGGGGCCGCAGGAACCGGCUCCGGGGCCCCGAUAACGGGCCGCCCCCGCAGCACCCCGGCCUGGCGUGAGGGUCUCCCUUGAUCUGAGAAUGGCUACCUCUCGAUAUGAGCCAGUGGCUGAAAUUGGUGUCGGUGCCUAUGGGACAGUGUACAAGGCCCGUGAUCCCCACAGUGGCCACUUUGUGGCCCUCAAGAGUGUGAGAGUCCCCAAUGGAGGAGCUGGAGGAGGCCUUCCCGUCAGCACAGUUCGUGAAGUGGCCUUACUGAGGCGACUGGAGGCUUUUGAGCAUCCCAACGUUGUCCGGCUGAUGGAUGUCUGUGCCACAUCGCGAACUGACCGAGAGAUCAAGGUAACCCUGGUGUUUGAGCAUGUAGACCAAGAUCUAAGGACAUAUCUGGACAAGGCACCCCCACCAGGCUUGCCUGCAGAGACCAUCAAGGAUCUGAUGCGCCAGUUUCUAAGAGGCCUAGAUUUUCUUCAUGCCAAUUGCAUCGUUCACCGAGAUCUGAAGCCAGAGAACAUUCUGGUGACAAGUGGUGGAACAGUCAAGCUGGCUGACUUUGGCCUGGCCAGAAUCUACAGCUACCAGAUGGCACUUACACCUGUGGUGGUUACACUCUGGUACCGAGCUCCCGAAGUUCUUCUGCAGUCCACAUAUGCAACACCUGUGGACAUGUGGAGUGUUGGCUGUAUCUUUGCUGAGAUGUUUCGUCGAAAGCCUCUCUUCUGUGGAAACUCUGAAGCUGACCAGUUGGGCAAAAUCUUUGACCUGAUUGGGCUGCCUCCAGAGGAUGACUGGCCUCGAGAUGUAUCUCUGCCCCGUGGAGCCUUUCACCCCAGAGGGCCCCGCCCAGUGCAGUCGGUGGUACCUGAGAUGGAGGAGUUGGGAGCACAUCUGCUGUUGGAAAUGCUGACUUUUAACCCACACAAGCGAAUCUCUGCCUUUCGAGCUCUGCAGCACUCUUACCUACAUAAGGAUGAAGGUAAUCCGGAGUGAGCAAUGGAGUGGCUGCCAUGGAAGGAAGAAAAGCUGCCGUUUCCCUUCUGGACACUGAGAGGGCAGUCUCUGCCUUUGUCUCUGAGGCUGUGGAGUCUCCACCUCCAUCUUUCUACAGAGAUUACUUUGCUGCCUUAAUGAUAUUCCCCUCCUACCUCUCCUUCUGAGGCCUCUCCUUCUGCCCCCCUAUUUCCUACACUAAGGGGUAUGUUCCCUCGUGUCCCUUUCCCUACCUUUAUAUUGGGGGUCUUUUUUUAUACAGGAAAAACAAAACAAAGAAAAAAUGGUCUUUUU